AUGGCGUCCGCCAUUAAGAAAGGGAACAUGAUUACUCAAAUCGUGAGGCUAAAACAAGUCGUCAAACGCUGGAAAAACAAGUCCCUUAAGCGCCGCAGUGUCCUCUCGUACUCCUCAUCCGAUUCAGACGAACCGGCAUUAUCCGGUUCGGACCGGCGGACACCCUCAGGAUCAUUGGCGGUUUACGUGGGGCCAGAACGCCGCCGGUUCGUUAUCCCGACCCGGUUCUUGAACCUCCCCGUGUUCAUCUCGCUGCUCGACAAGGCAGAGGAGGAAUUCGGGUACCAGAGGACAGGCGGGUUAGUUUUGCCUUGUGAAGUCGAGUACUUUUCGGAGAUUUUAAGGUUACUGGACCGGGAUGAGGAACGUUUCGGCCAUUUGGGUUUGGAUGAGCUUGUUAAGCUGAUUUCUGAAGUGGGGUUUGAAUCUUUAGAUCAGUCUUGCAAAGAAGCUGCUUCCCAUGGUUUUGCUCCUCUUCUGCAGAAUGCUAGGGUUUAA